AUGGCAGAUCACGAGGACAAAGAGCCCGGCCGAGGUUCCAUCUCCGUCUCCCGGUCGUCAAGUCAUGUCGGUGACCACGAUGCCAUUGAUCCGCUUAGCGGAGUCAAGCGUGGUCUCAAGACUCGUCAUUUGUCCAUGAUGGCACUCGCGGGAAUCAUUGGCCCGGGCUUGCUGAUUGGGUCUGGAGGUGCUCUCGCCAACGGUGGCCCAGCCGCUCUCCUGAUCGGCUUUGGCGUGAUUGGCAUCAUUGCAUUCAGCAUCAUGCAAUCACUCGGCGAGCUGACCACACUCUAUCCCAGCGGCGGCGCGUUCACCAGCCUGGCGGAUCGGUUCGUAGAUCCGGCGUUCGGCUGUGCAGUGGGCUGGAACUACUUUGUGAUCUGGGUGGCGGUGCUGGCCAACGAAUACAACGUGCUGUCGUCCAUCUUUGUGUUCUGGAGCGACAAAGUGCCGCUGUGGGGGUACUUCCUGAUCUUCUGGUUCGUGUUCCUGGGCUUCCAACUGCUCGGGGUCCGGACGUUCGGCGAGGCCGAGUUCUGGCUGGCUCUGGUGAAGCUGCUGGGCUUGACGGCCUACUUCAUCUUCAGCAUCGUCUAUGCUUCGGGCGGCCUGAUCGGCCAACACGGCGCCCUGGGCUUCCGAUACUGGCACCACCCGGGCGCCUUCUCGCAUGGCUUCCGCGGCGUCGCGUCCGUCUUCGUCUUCUGUUCGACCUUCUAUGCCGGGUGCGAGUCGAUCGCGGUCGCGGCCACGGAGACGCGCAACCCCAAAGUCGCCGUUCCGCGCGCCAUCCGCCAGGUGUUUUGGCGCAUCAUCUUCGUCUACAUGGGCUCAGCCUUCUUCUUCGGCCUGACCUGUCCGGCCAAUGCCGACUCGCUGGUUAACGGGUCGGCGCGGGCGCUCAAGUCGCCCAUGACCAUCGCGAUCCAGAACGCCGGGUGGGAAGGAGGCGUGCAUCUGAUCAACGCGUUCAUCCUGAUCACUUGUCUGUCGGCCGUCAACAGCUCCAUCUACAUCGGCUCGCGCACCGUGCUGUUCAUGGCCCAGGAGAGGAAGGCGCCCAAGAUCCUGGGCUACACCGACGCGCGUGGUGUGCCCGUGUUCGCGAUAAUCUUCACCAACCUGUUCGGCGCCCUGGCCAUGAUGAACGUCUCGACGGGCGCGGGAAAGGCUUACGGCUACAUUGUCAACCUGUCCGGUGUCAGCACCUUUCUCGUCUGGGGUGCCAUCUCCUUCGUCCACAUUCGAUUCCGCCGUGCCUGGGCCGCCCAAGGCCGCCACGCGCGCGACCUCCCAUUCAAAUCGCUCGCCUAUCCUUGGAACGCCUAUUUCGGCCUGGCCGCAAACCUGUUCCUCGCCUUGGUCCAGGGUUGGACCACCCUCAGCCCUUUCAACGCGGGAAACUUCGUCGAUGCCUAUAUCCUGCUACCGCUCUUCCCUAUCAUCUACUUUGGGUACAAAUUCGUCUUCAAAACCAGGUAUUGGCGUCUGUCGGAAAUCGACUUGGACGCCGGGAGGAGGAAAGACCUGGACGCGGCGGAGGUGGAAGCCGACGAAGACGCCAUUGUUGACGACUAUGACCGACCUGUGCCAAAGAAACCAUUCUGGAAACGGGUGGCGGAAAACUUUUAG